AUGAACUCAUCUGAGAGCCCUUUUAGCAAUCUAGACCUUUGGUGUGACUGGAGUGGAGACCCCAACGACCCGGUCGAGGUCUACAUGUCCGUCGAGUCUAGGAUCAAACGCUCAUCUCCAAACCAGAUUCGGUGCACCCCAAAUGCCAAUAUCGCUGUUCUCGAUACCGCUCACCCGUCCGUCAUACGAAUCAUUGACUUCUCCCUCGCUCCCAAAGUGGCCAGGCCUGACAACAUCAAACUCCUGCACGAUUCCAUCUCUGACGAAGAAUCAACCCCUGUCACCACCGGCGAUGAUGCCAAGCACCCCGUCACUCCGGAUAGCAAGCUUUCGCAGGAUCUGCUGAAUGCGGGGGUGCCGGACCCUGUUCGUGAUGAAGUUACGCCAACUAGCGUCGUCUCGGACUCAGGCAGUGUUCUUGUUCGAGCUGCCUGCACUCCAGAUGGAUCACCGCGACGCAGGUCUCUACUCGACUCAUUUUACUCCUGCAUUUUUGUGGAUAGUACAAAUGCAAAUCUAUCUCUUCCACCCAAUCUUUCCACCCCCGAGACUCCAUUAGGUGAAAGUCUGUCAAGCUCCUUCAACCCACGCAAGAGGACAGCAAAAGCGGCCUCGCUCCCUGACUCGAUCUCUGACUCGGAGAGAGCGUAUUAUGGGUCUCAAAUCAAGAACAACCCUUUGGAAACAGACAGACAGUCACCUGUCCCCUCGACGUCCUCAAAGCAUUCACGGAGGCGCAGCCUGAUUCCGCGACCUAUCAACUCACUUAGUCAGGGCCAUAACAGGACGGAGCCAAGUACACCCAAACUCCCUGGCGUCUCAAUUACGCCAUUUGAAGACGAUGGCCAAAACUUCGAAGGGCCAGUGGAUUUUCAAACUCCGUAUGGAAUCAACGAUAAUGGCAACCAAUCCAGGUAUGACAGAGUGGGGCCAGGCCGCGAGAUAUUGAUACCUGCAACGCCUUCGAAGUUGAAUACCAGCCUCAAUGAAGGCACCGGUGAGGAAGGUAAAUUUUUGCAAGACUUGGAGAAGCUUUCUACCGUGGCAUCAGCAGGAAGUCCGUGUGACAUGAAAGCUCUGUCCACUGAAUCUGAUACCAUGUCGUCGGUGGCGAUCUCGACUGAGGGCGUUCCUCUCGUGCAACCUUCUUCUCCUCAACGUCUUUUCUCUACCGAUGACUCCGACACCUGUAGACCUCGUCUCCUCUUGCUCGACAGGGUUUUCUACGUCCAAUGCCCUUCUACCCUCCAACCUGAAGUCUAUCGAGCAACCAUUACUUUCGUAUUAUGCUUGUCAAAUAGCAGGCCCCGAGGCUGGUUCGAGCUCAUUGUUCCAGGCCUGCCGCGUCUUUCAACCAAUGACCAUGGCUAUUUUUACUUCUGCACUCCACCCGAUCAAGGCAUGGAGUUUCGCACCACGCACUUCAAACGCUAUAACCUUUUUCAGAGCUGCCUUAUGGCCCAGUUCCUGAUCCCUUCCAAGCUCGUCAUUCCCCUGCGCCCUUGUGAUGCACAAUUCUAUGGGUUUUUGAAGGAUUUCAAGGUCGCACAGGCUAUUCAUUCUGAUAUUUACAGGAUUCCAAACAGCCCAGACCUUUUCAAAAUCCGAUAUCACGCUGUCUGUUCGCUCGAUCUCAUCCAGCGCGACUUCUGGGCUGAGCGAUGCGGCUUCAUAAUCUAUGUCCACGGUGGUCCGGAUGGCGAUUUUGCAGCAAGUCUCCAAGAGCCAAAAAGUCGGUUUCAGACGAUUCCCCUGGAUACGGGCGGCGGUGCUGCUACUAAAGUUGGCAUUAGUAAGGUGCAAGUUAUCUGCACCCCUACCAACCUGGCUAUGUUUGCUCUGACGUGGGAGGUGCAGCUCCCACAUGGUAAAGCCACUGCUUGGAUGCCGCGCAUCACAGCCAGUAGAGGAGGCUCAGACGCGGAGAUUAAACUACAGGAUGACUAUGGUAAAACAAAGCUGGAGAGCUGCCAGGAGACUGUGCACGUUGAUUACACAUCCGUGGAAGCUACCACGGCGUCGGCUUUACCGUCCGACAUGCCGUCAUCUUCCCAACUUCGUCCCAAAUCUUUUUCAAAAUCAUAUCCCUUCCGGCUGCUUCUCGGCGUCUUCCUCAUUGUCCUCCUCUAUCGCUCUAUUUACCGCGCAAACAUGCAUUAUGAUUUCGUCUCCCGCGCCCAAGAAAUUCUCUGUGCAUAUCCCGAAGCGAGUAUCAUAGUUGCUACGUCUGAUGAGGAUGGAGCGGUUUCGAAAACGCCUUCUUUGCCAAUGACGAUUCCACUGCGUGAUCGCAUUGACUACCUGUUGGGCUGGCAGGGGCCCUUUCCUGGCGCUCGAGAGGGAUGA